GGUGGGUCGAACCAGGAAGCUGCCUCUGGGUGUUUGCUCUCUUCGCUCAGUGCUGGACGGGUUCGCUGCGGCGGUGCAGUCCUGAAAUCGAACUGUCGUACGGUGAGCGUUGAUCUGUAAAGAAAAGGCUGAAAAUGUCGGGCUCUCCGUCUCUCAUGAACUUGAAAGAUGACCUGACGUGCAGUAUCUGUCUGUGUGCCUUUGACUACCCGGUUACAAUCCCAUGUGGUCACAAUUUCUGCCAAAGUUGCCUCCUGGCCACCUGGAAGGACUCCUACUGCUGCCCACAGUGUAGGACAGUCUUCGCAACCAAGCCGGAUCUGAAGAAGAACACGACACUCAGCAAUGUCGUUGAGUCCUUCAAAGCUCGCUCUCCUGAGAGCCCUGAGCCGCCUGAGUUGAAGACUCAGGUUAUGGCCUCAGAGAGAGAGCAGAAGAAAGUCAUUCUUUGUGAUUCUUGCCUGGAGGCGCCGGCGUCCCACACCUGUCUCACCUGCAUGGCCUCUUACUGCGAGGUCCAUCUUCGGCCUCACCGGGAGAACCCGGUGUUUAAGGUCCACCAGCUGAGUGAGCCAAUACAGGAUCUGUUGGAGCGCAUCUGCAAGGACCACUACAAGAUGAUGGACUUUUUCUGCCCCCAGCAUUGUAGUCCCAUCUGCAGCGUCUGCCUGCAGCAGGUGCACAGCAUGUGCAACUUCACCUCACUGGAGCAGCACAAGGGAGCCCACGAGGCUGGCCUGCAGAAAAAAUGUCAGUUACUGGACGAGAAGAUCAUGAAAAAUCAUGCAGUCAUUGAUCAGAUGAAGGACAUGCAGACCACCCUCAAGAAUUCUGCCAUGGCCCAAAAACAUGCGUUGGCCACGGAGUACCGUCACAUUCAGGAGAUGUUGGCUCAGGAAGAGCAUGAAGCCAUGAAGGCUUUGGACCAAGAGAUGGAGACAGCUCAGGGCAGACUCCAGACACUCACCAAGAGGUUCCAUGAGAACAUCAAGUCCAUGGGCAAAGCUAAGGAGGACAUUGCUGAUCUGUUGCAUCAGUCGCAGACCAUUGCAUUUCUUCAGACCAACUAUGACCUGCCGCAAGCCGCAUCCUUCGACCCCUAUGCUCCUCGACUGAGCCUGGAUUCCAAGAAAGUGAUGGCUGCCCAGGGGUUUGCGGUGCACCUGAAGGAAUUUCUCAGUGGGAUCCUCCGAGUGCCACUGGGCGACAGGAUGUUGCUUUUGAAAAAAGAAACUGCUUCUGGGUUCACUCCGUCCAAGAAACCUGAGAGGGAGGGAGCCACAUCUCUGCCUUCCCCUUUAUAUGGCCCAUUCUCCCAAUUUCCACCUUCACCUCAAGGGACGGACGCCAAAAAGAAGCCCCAAAAGCCCACCAAAAAGGGCUCUCAGAGCUCAUCCGGUGGGAUGGGCAACAAAAGCCUCCAGCGCUCGAUGGAAAACCUGUUGGACUUCGGAGGAGAGAGAAAAGGGUUGGGCCAACCUCCCAGACCUGAAACCACCGAGCUGAAAGAAUCUCCGGACAUGAUGGUUUUUGUGAAGCGCUCUGACCUCCUGAAGUAUGGCACUGUGCUCACUUUCGAUCCCAAAACAGCCAACAAACGCAUCAUCCUGAGCGAAGACCUCACGAAAGCUUCUGUGUCAGAGGAGCCUGUUCACCUCCCUGAGUGUCCAGAGCGCUUUGCCGUUUGCUCCCAGGUGCUCACUUCCAAGGGUUUUUCUAGAGGGCGCCACUACUGGGAAGUCCGUCUGAGCAACAACAACUUCAUUGGGAUCGGCUUGGCGUAUGGUAGCAUCAACCGCAAAGGCCCCAGCAGCCGACUGGGCCGCAACAGCCAGUCUUGGUGCGUGGAGUGGUUCAACGUGAAGCUGUCUGCCUGGCACAACAGCAUCGAGACGGUGCUGUCCAAUCCAAACCCCAAACGUGUGGGGGUGUUGGUGGACUGCGAGGAGGGCACUGCUACUUUUUACACCGUGGCAGACAGAGCGUAUCCCUUCCACUGCUUCGUGUUUCCCUUCACUGAAACAGUGUAUCCUGCCAUCUGGAUUUUCUCCAGUGGCUUGUCCGUCUCACUGUGCAAGCUGCACUGAGCGACUCCUCCAUUUAUGCCCCUUUCAUAUUUGAUUUGGCUCUUAAGAAUCCCAUUUAGUCUUGAACGCGAUUUAAAUGUGUUUUCUGGCUCCCAAUCCCCCUUUGAUAUCAAAGGUCACAAGCGCAUCAACUUACUGAGUAAGACAGUAAGACCUUGAUGUGCCGGGCUCCUCCAAUGGUGACAUGGUCAACCACAGCCUCUCAUUGGUAAAGAAUUCCUGAUCAGCCUCCUAACCACAUUACAUGGACACAUUCCAUCUCCACAACAAUGUGGACACAAUGCGUCUCUCUUUGUAUUGUGCUUUGCUGGUGUCAGACUUUUUUCAAUGGGUUUUCAUAAGUGGUCCUGAGAAGCACACAUUGGUGAUCAGAAAACACUUUUAAUUGCUAGAUAACCUAAAAAAAUAUUGUCACCAUGAUAAGACCAGUGAGACCGCAGUGAUACCGGUAAAAUAAUACUAAUAAUAAAAAAGAUGUUCUAGAGGAAACAUGCAGAGUUUGCUGUGGCGGGGCAUUUGUGUGCCGUAGAUAAUGGCAUGCGUCACUGCACCACACCAUGCUAGAGGACUCUGCUGUGUACUCUCUAUGUAGGGCUGCACAAUUGUUUGCCAUAGCUCCCCACUAAAAGUAAGAUCGAGGAAUAAAUCAAGUCAGUAUCUUUCAAAACAAUGGUGCAGCUCUACUGGUGUUCCAUGUUCAUGGAGACAAACUCAUUUGAAACUCCUCGCUUCAGUGGAGGUUUCUAAUGUGAGCAAACUGCAAACAGCAGACAGCUUGGUUCAGAAUCACGGCCAACUAUAGUCUCUGACUUGCAGUUGUUCGUGGCGGACAAGGCACAUCGUCAGGCUGUUUUAACUGGCUUUGUCUGCCAGUUGAAGACGAUGUCUUGACAGCCACUUCUGCCCUCACACACGUCUGAAGAGGUCUACAGUCAGAUACGACUGGUCUUCGUGUGCGGCACCACUGCAGGAUUUACUCAGAACCUCCAGGAUCUGCCUUUCAGUUAACUCCAGGUCUGUUUUAUGAGGUGACACUUCUGACAUCGCAUUGGAAUGAAGACCUUGUGGACAAAUUCAAACAUAAGAACCAACUUUUUUGUUCUAAAAUUACACAUCCAAUGACAGUGACACUCUGGGAAUUCAAAAUGACAUUAAAAAACAAGACACCAAAACAAUUUAUAAAUAAAAAGCUUCAGUAAAGUGAAUGAUAAAGUGGCGUUCUAAUCUAGAUGUCACCGUCAGACAUAUGAGAGAAAUUGAAAAUGAAUUCAUAGUAAUUUGACUGACUUCAAGGCUUCAAAUGAGAUGUUUUCAUUCCUCAGUGUACAGAACUAAAUUAGCGUGAUGAACAUAAGUCUUCCAUAUUUCAUAUUUUUGGCAGACAUUAUGGUUUCCAACUAAAGGCAGCAAAAUCCUGGAGUAACUGAUUUCCUGCAGUUCUUUUUGUAGUGUCCCACUGGCAUGCUGUAGGAAGCCACCUCCCACAGCUGUACACUGUAUCAUGUGUAUUGUUCAGGUAACUGAGGAGGCUGCCAUGCUUUUACAAUACUCCUGGGUUACAUUUAAUCUGCACGAUUAAAUCCCUGAUGGCUGGUGUGGGCUGUGAGCACCCUCGUGGUCAAACACCCCACAGAGAAGAGCGGCCCUGGGUCUGAUGUGGGGGACUUCUGGCUGAUGGUGGCUCCAUACAGAAGCUGCUUCAGUUCAGUCACAUGCCUUUGAUGCUUUUGUUUGAGAUGCAUGUCAGGCUCUGAACUGAGAAGGACACUUUGUUGUGUUUUUUUUUUUUUUUAUUUGUUCUUCUUUGUACAUAGCUCUUACUAAUCUGCGACAUACACUUCUGUGCCGUUUGGUAUUUCAACUGAUUGGUGGAAGAUGGUGAAUAAUAGCCUUGUUUCAUGAUCAUCAUAAAUGAUGCCAGGGAAUGUGGGAAUAUGAUCAUUUUCGAAUUAUGGUAAUAUUAUAUGGACUAUAAUUUCAUGAAGUUAUUAAUACGUUUUGAAGUCAAUAGUUAAUAAGGUUCAGUGAUGGAAGUACAGUUGAUUCUUCAAUACAUCCAUCUUCACUUAGCCACCCAAGAUGUAAUCCAAAGUGUCAGCACCAACCAACUGCCCCUUGGUUUCUUGUCUAAUGUGUGGAUGAAGUGCUGUGGGUUUUUAUUCAUUUUGGGUGCUUGGGUUAUGGUCAUACUGUAAAUCAAGAAUUUAUUGGAAUGGUGCAACUAUUUUUGAACCAUUUUCUGUUAAGAUAAAAUCCAAACCCGAUUUCAUGUGCACAAAAAAAAAAAAAAAACUAGAUCAAGUCAAAGCUGGUCAGUGUUGUGCCCUUUAAAGAUUGCUGUCCAAGCUUGGCUUAUGACAUUUUGCAUAAACUGCAUUGUUGUAUCAAAUAAUUCCUGACAGACUUCAAUAAAUGUGUAUGGUCUGUUUAAAAUUUGGUGCCCUUGUUGGACUGACAUGUACAGAGGAGAGCUAGCCAGUACAUUGGUAGGAAGAUGUUGAGGUUGGAACUGCCAGGCAGAAGGUGGAGAGGAAGGCCAAAGAGGAGAUAUGGACGUGGUGAAGGAGGACAUGAGGUUUGUAGGUUUGAGAGAAGAGGAAGCAGAGGACAGGGUGAGAUGGAGGAGGAUGAUCCGCUGUGGCGACCCCGAAAAGGGUGAAGCCGAAAGAAAAAGAAGAAGAAGCCCUUGUUGGACUGAGCUCCUGUUGUUGACAUGGAUGUAUUCAUGAGUCAUGAAGUGAAAUAAAAAAAUAAAACGCGCGUUUGCAUGUGUCUACCUGUAUUCAUAUUCUUGUAUGGACCAAUCUUUGACAAGACGCUGCUCUUGUGAGGACAUUUCAGCUGCUA